CCCAGCACCCGCUCUACCCCCAGAACGACCUCGAUCACCAGUACGGCUCUCUGUCGAAUGGCAGCGACCUCUCCUCCACGCCCUCCCACCAGCACCAGUCCUCGCACCACGGCAUGAGCGGCCAUGUGCUCGACCGUCCGGACCCAAUGGACGUUUCUGAUCACAAUGGCUACGACAUCUUCUCCGGACAAUCAAACCAGCGCUUCCGCAGCGGCACGUCCUCCUCCAUGUCCUCCUCUUACGGUCUCGGCGUCGACUCCAUGUACACCCAGAGCCCCUUCUCCGAAUCCCUCCCCCACUUCCACAACCCGAGCCCCAACCCGUACGACCUCAUGGGCGGCCUCCCCUCCUCGUAUUCUAGCGGCAAGCCAUCCCCGCUGACGCCCAACGACUCUGUCGGAUCUCUCCAGCAGUCCUCCGCGUUCCCCUUCAACGGUCAACCCAAGGACUUCCAUUCCGGCCACAACUUCACCGAUGUGCUCGACCGCCGCAUGUCCAACCUCAGCACCGGCAGCUACGCCUCCGAGUACAAUGACGAGGGAUACAACGGCAUCAACGUCAACUCCGGCCUCGGUCUCGGCUUUAACUCGACCACUUUGCCGCCCUUCCAAGAUCGCGGUCUCAGCCGCAUGCAACAGGACUCGCGCUACCCGCCCUCCGUCAUCCCGCCAUUAUCGCUGCCGUCGCACCUCCACCAAAACCACAGUCCGGACUUGAUGCGGGGCGUGAACCCUCACGCAAUGCACAACUCGCCCUACGACGAUAUCCCCUCGUUUAUGGCGCCCAAUCCGCAUGUGGACUUCCCCUUGCGGAUGCCCGGGCUCGACGACCCCAUGUCGCGUGUGCGUCUAAACGGCGCGGGCGCUGCGACUGAUCUGCAGACCUUUAUUCGCCCCUACCUGGAUCAGUACGUCCGGACGCCGAACCGGCUCGCGUUUGGCGAGCGCACGGUCAUUGUCAUGUCCAGCAAGGUCGCGCAAAAGUCCUACGGCACGGAGAAGCGUUUCCUCUGCCCGCCGCCGACUGCGAUCAUGAUAGGCAACUCGUGGUGGUCGGACGUCACGCGUCGGGGCGAGGAGCCCAAACUUUGUCCGCCGCGCGUCGUUGUUUCCAUCUCGGGCGAGCCGGCGCCACAGGAGGGCUCGAUCGAGUGGACGAGCGCGACCGGCAAGGCGUUCGACGUAAGCGACCCCCCGACCGGGACGACCUACAUCGGCCGCUGCGUCGGCAAACAGCUCUUCAUCUCGGACGUGGACGAGAAGAAAAAGAAGGUCGAGGCGCUCGUCAAGAUCAUGGCGCCCUCGUCCGACGACGAGCCGGAGCGUGUCAUCGGCACGUUCCCCAGCCGCCCAAUCAAGGUCAUCAGCAAGCCGAGCAAGAAGCGGCAGAGCGCAAAGAACCUCGAACUGUGUAUCAAUCACGGCUCGACAAUUUCUUUGUUCCACCGGCUGCGGUCGCAGACGGUGUCGACAAAGUACCUCUGCGUCUCGGGCUCCGGCUCAUCCUUCAAGGGCUCGGACGGCGCGCCGCUCAUGGGUCUCGAUCAGCGCUCGCGCGCACAAACGCCUUCCUUCAUCGCUCGGACGGCCAGUUGGGAUCCCUUCAUCAUGUACAUCGUGGACGUCAACAAGCCCGCCGGGGGCGUGGACUCGCCCCCGCCACCUCCGCCUCAACCGGAGUACCCCUCGCCGCCGCCAAACGCGAUCCCUUUCACCAACAACGGCUCGCAGAUCCCCGUGUACUACAACCAGACCGUCGUGCUUCAGUGUUUGACGUCUGGCGUGGUGAGCCCCGUGCUCAUCAUCCGCAAGGUCGACCACCAGACGACCGUCGUCGGUGGCGGCCUGCAGGACGGCGCCAAGGGCAUCGCAGACCACUACUGUGCGGUCGGCGAAGUGUGCGGAGACCCCGUCUCGCAGCUGCACAAGAUCGCGUUUGAGGUGUUCGACCCCGCUAAGGCCGCACCCGAGCCUGCAACCACCGGUAUCAGUGGCGCGUUCCUCUCUUGCCAAGGCGAGAAGGUCAACACCUUCCGUCCGCUCGAGGGUCGGCAAUGGCGGAAUCCCCCACCGUCACGCGACUCGCCAGACGCUAUCCCCGCGUCUCCGACCGCGACGACACCGACGUCGAGCACGGGCACUGCAGACUACUUCGGCUCUGGAGCGGCCGGCAGCAGCGCGCCCACGUCACCAGACCCGUCCGAGUUCCCGUCGAACGACGGUGGGCGCGUCAAGAAGGGCAAGCGCGGCUCCGGCUCGUCGAGCGGGAGCAGCCUCUCGAAGCCCGUCUCGCAGAAGGGCCGCAGGCGACCGACGUCCGCCGGAUCCGCGGGCUCGUCGAGCGGGCGCCGUGGCUCGGGCAGCGACGCGGGCGCGUCCUCGGGCGCGCUCUGGCAGGUGGACAUCGGCGAGACGAGCGUGUGGACGAUUGUCGGCACUGACCAGGUGCGGUACAACUUUUACGUGCCGCCCGUGCUGUACGACAGCCAGAACACGCAGAGCGGGUCGUUCCCGAUCCCGUCCAAGCCGGUGACGCCGUUCCCAGCGGUCGUCAAGUACCUGCCGCCGGACCGUGCGGCGGAGGCCCCGAAGAGCAACUGCGCGUCCUCACGUGCGGUGCUUGCCAAGCCGCACCCGCACGCGUCGAAGAUGCUCACGCUGUACGGCGAGAACUACUCGAAGACAGACCCGGUAACGGUGUUCUUCGGGUCGGAGCCCUCGCCGUACGUGGAGGUGAGGUGCACCGAGGUCCUCGGCUGUCUCCCCCCGGAGUCGGGCAGCACGAAGCGGAGGCCGAUCAUCCUCGUCCGCCCGGACGGUGUGGUGUUCCCGUCGAGCGUGUACUACCCUUGAGCGGGGCUCUGCCGCUCGUCUGGUGUGCCCGCUGAUCUAUCGUCGCCGUCGUCAUGUCCCUGCUUCAUGCCCCCACCCCAUGCAUGCUUCGCUCCCCCUCUCACCCCCAUCCCCCUCCCUACCCGCCCCCUCGCAUUGCUCUUCUCAGCCGCUUUGUCCGUCCCCUCGCACUAGACUUUCGCAUGUUAUCUAUAUGUGCC